AUGGAGACCAACCUCGCCGCCACCACAGCUGCCAGAAAGGAGCGCCUUAUCGCCCUGAGAAGAAAGAAGGAAGAGGGAGAGACGAGCGGCACUUUCGCCCUGAAACAACGAAACUACGAUCCCGAGACUCGUAAUCUGCGGAAGCGUGAUGCCGAAGAUGGAAAUCAGGAUACUGUGGAGAAGGCUGUAGAAGGGCUGGCGGAGAUGAUCAUCAAGGAGGAUGAAGAGAAGAGGGCCGAGGAGCUUGAUCUCUUCAACAUCCAACCAAAGCGGCCAAACUGGGAUCUCAAGAGAGACAUGGAUAACCGCAUGAGCAAGCUGGACCGUAAGACCAACGAGGCCAUCGCCACCAUCUUCCGUCAACGUCUCCAAUCGUUGCGCAAAAACCAAGAUCCCAGCGCUCAAGUCGACCUUGUCGCCAGUAUCAACGCUGCCGAGCAUGAGCGGGAUGAGCAAACAAGAGAAGAAAGUGAAGAGGAAUAG